GCAUAAAAGGUAUUAUCACUUUAUUUUGUUGUUGUUCUAUAGCGGCAAAUACAAAACCAAUUCCUCCCCCCUCCAAAGCAUUCACGUUUUGAAUAAUUCGCAUGAACCACCCUAAGCUGCUGCCCAGUCAGGAGCUGGUGCUCCAUCAAGUGAGCAUCGACAACUUUUCGCCGGCGGCGGCCUCUGUCUUGAAGUUCCCUACCUCACCGCUGCUGCCACGGUCGCCCUUCUCGCCUUCCCCUUCCUCCACGGCCUCGUCACCCUCGCUGACGUCCUCACUCAACCCGCCGACCUCCACCGCCGCGUCUUCCAUUGUGCGGCCGCAGAUACGCUUGCGAGCGGAAUGGGAGACUUCGCUCGGCGACGUCGACGCCUUUCAGCUUAGCCCAAAUUCUCUCCACACCUCCAGCUUCGACCGCAGGGACACGGUGAGGGUGCGCUACAUUGCAGACCGUUACGACCGUGCAUGGCUGUCGCGGCGGCCGGUGCUUUCUCUCCGCGGUGAGGACGGUGGCGUGUCCGUAUUGCGCGGCAAAACUGGCGGCGUGGGCUCGUACGUUCCGGUAGAGUCCCACCUCAGCAUGUCGGUACUUGAGGAUGUAUUCACAGCGCUCGAGCUGGCCGCGUACUACCAUCCGGAGGUGCCGCUGGAGCGACUGCUGCCUUACGCCAAAUCGCAGUUGGACGAAGGUACGUUAAGCGCCGAGGUGCUGGACGAGCUGCACGCGUACUGGCUGCUGCGCCGCAACGGCGCGGGCGGUCUGCUGUCCACCGUUCCCAACUUACGUGCCACAAUUCGCGAAGACAACGAGAUGGCGCUGUGCCACCCGGCGGUGCUGCGAGACUGCCCGCUGCCGUUCAAGCAUCGCGAUUGGUACGUGCCGAUCGUCGAACGUCGUCGACCGGACACGUUCUCGAGAAGCGCCGCAGAGAAACGCCCGCGCUCGCACUCUCCCGCGAAAGAGGCAAGGGUAGGCUUUCCCUUUGAGCAGCUGGGCGCGUGCAUUGCCUACGUAGAAAAGGCGCAGCGUCUCAGUCGCGCUAUGCUGGAGCGCGAGGAGACCCGAUUGGCCCACACGCAUCUCACGUUGUACGAAUUGGCGUACUUGCGGAGUUUAGCCAGUGCGGAGAGCACAGUACCGACAACAGUUUGUGAGCACGCAUCGAUUCCAGAGCAAACACUUGCCAGAUUUCUUGCUGCGGCGUCUGGCUGCGUAAGGAACGAAGCCGUGUCCGACUAA